GCCGUUCCCAUGGCCACGGGCAGCCGGGCCCGCGGCCCGCGCAGCGAUGCCCAAGGCCAGUGAUACUUUAUGGGAUCUUGCUAUAGCUGAAGUGGAGAAGAAAGAAAAUCCUGACGACGAUGAUGAUGUCAAGCCAGGGGAAGUUUGGGAAAAAUCAAUAUUAUUUAUGGGAAACAAAAAUGGGGGAAAGACCACUAUCAUAAUGAGAUGCCUUGAGAGGGAAGAGUCUCCAAAGCCAACAUUAGCCUUGGAAUAUACUUUUGGAAGAAGAGCAAGGAGACACAAUACACCUAAAGAUGUAGCUCAUUUUUGGGAGUUAGGUGGUGGAACCUCAUUAGUGGAACUCAUUCGAAUACCAAUCACUGUCCACAACAUAAGGUCAUUUGCUGUAGUUCUGGUGUUGGAUCUCUCCAAACCUAAUGAACUCUGGACCACUAUGGAGAGCCUUCUGCAGUUCACCAGGAACCAUGUGAACAAAAUUUUAACCAAACUAGAAAAGACAAACCCUGAAGUAGCUGCUGAAAUUAAACAGAGAAUGUGGAACAAUCUGCAGAGGGAUCACCCUGACAGUGCAUUAGUUGACCCUUUUCCAAUACCCUUGGUGAUAAUUGGAAGCAAAUAUGAUAUUUUUCAUGAGUUUGACUCUGAAAUGAGGAAAAUAAUAAGCAAGACACUUCGAUUUGUUUCACAUUAUUAUGGAGCCUCAUUAGUGUUUACCAGUAAAUCUGAGGCUCUCCUGUUGAAAGCCCGUGCUCUUAUCAAUCACUUGGCAUUUGGCUACGAUAAAAGCAAGUCUGUAUCAGUGGAUCCCAGCAAACCUCUCUUUAUACCAGCAGGCCUGGAUUCCAUGAGUCAAAUAGGACCACCACCUGCCUCUGACAGUGAUCUUGGAAAGAUGCGUGCCAACACGCCUUUGGAACUAUGGAAAAAAGUAUUUGAGAAAACAUUUCCUCCCAAGAGUUUCUCUGAUUUACAAGAUACCAAGGACCCUGCACAGGAUAGCCAAUAUGCUGAGUAUGAAGUUGAUGUCAUGAGAGCUCAGAAAAACCAGGAACUUGAACAAUACAAAAGAAAUGCCUCUAAAUCCUGGAAAGAAAUGGAUUUUGACUCCGAUUGAAGAACUGCUCUGUCUUCGGUUUAACACCAUUUACAAAACUAUUUUUAUAAUUUUUACAUUACAUUAGCAAUUUCAUCUGAUGCAGUUGA